GCUAAUGAAAGCCGUGUGAUGUUACAGUAGUUCAAUUGGGUUUCUUCGGACAAGCAGCAGGGGUCAUGGGUAUCGCUCGCAGUAAACUCAAGAAACAGAAAGAUUCCAGAACCAAGAAACAAAAUGAAUACCAUGGAUUAACACAGCAACAGUUGACAAAGCAAGGUCAGAAUGAGCAGGCUCAUCAGCAACAGCCUGCACAUCCAGCUCCCAGAUUUACACAGCAGUUGUUGGAUCAGGAGAAAGAAUCUCAAAGGAACAGUGAGGCAGAAUGGAGAAGGAAAGAAAAGGCUCGUCAGCAACAGCUUGAGCCCCCAGCUCCCAAAUUUACACAGCAGCAGUUGUUGGACCAGGAGGAAGAACUACGGAAGAGAGAGGCAGAAUGGAGGAAAGAGCAGGCUCGUCAGCAACAGCUUGAGCCCCUAGCUCCCAAAUUUACACAGCAGCAGUUGUUGGACCAGGAGGAAGAACUUCUACGGAAGAGAGAGGCACAAUGGAGAAAGAAUGAGCAGGUUCGUCAGCAACAGCCUGCGCAUCCAGCUCCCAGAUUUACACAGCAGCAGUUGUUGGACCAGGAGGAAGAACUUUUACGAAAGAGAGAGGCACAAUGGAGAAAGAAUGAGCAGGUUCGUCAGCAACAGCCUGCGCAUCCAGCUCCCAGAUUUACACAGCAGCAGUUGUUGGACCAGGAGGAAGAACUUCUACGGAAGAGAGAGGCACAAUGGAGAAAGAAUGAGCAGGUUCGUCAGCAACAGCCUGCGCAUCCAGCUCCCAGAUUUACACAGCAGCAGUUGUUGGACCAGGAGGAAGAACUUCUACGAAAGAGAGUGGCACAAUGGAGAAAGAAUGAGCAGGUUCGUCAGCAACAGCCUGCGCAUCCAGCUCCCAGAUUUACACAGCAGCAGUUGUUGGACCAGGAGGAAGAACUUCUACGGAAAAAGAGAGGCAAUGGAGAAAGAAUGAGCAGGUUCGUCAGCAACAGCCUGCGCAUCCAGCUCCCAGAUUUACACAGCAGCAGUGUUGGACCAGGAGAAGAACUUCUACGGAAGAGAGAGGCACAAUGGAGAAAGAAUGAGCAGGUUCGUCAGCAACAGCCUGCGCAUCCAGCUCCCAGAUUUACACAGCAGCAGUUGUUGGACCAGGAGGAAGAACUUCUACGGAAAAGAGAGGUACAAUGGAGAAAGAAUGAGCAGGUUCGUCAGCAACAGCCUGCGCAUCCAGCUCCCAGAUUUACACAGCAGCAGAUGUUGGACCAGGAGGAAGAACUUCUACGGAAGAGAGAGGCACAAUGGAGAAAGAAUGAGCAGGUUCGUCAGCAACAGCCUGCGCAUCCAGCUCCCAGAUUUACACAGCAGUUGUUGGAUCAGGAGAAAGAAUCUCAAAGGAACAGUGAGGCAGAAUGGAGAAGGAAAGAAAAGGCUCGUCAGCAAAAGCUUGAGCCUCCAGCUCCCAAAUUUACACAGCAGCAGUUGUUGGACCAGGAGGAAGAACUUCUACGAAAGAGAGAGCAGCAGUUGUUGGACCAGGAAGAAGAACUUCUACGGAAGAGAGAGGCACAAUGGAGAAAGAAUGAGCAGGUUCGUCAGCAACAGCCUGCGCAUCCAGCUCCCAGAUUUACACAGCAGCAGUUGUUGGACCAGGAGGAAGAACUUCUACGAAAGAGAGAGCAGCAGUUGUUGGACCAGGAAGAAGAACUUCUACGGAAGAGAGAGUCAGAAUGGAGAAAGAAUGGGCAGGUUCGUCAACAACAGCUUGAGCCAUCAGAUUCCAGAUUUACACAGCAGCAGUUGUUGGACCAGGAAGAAGAACUUCUACAGAAGAGAGAGGCAGAAUGGAGAAAGAAUGAGCAGGCUAGUCAGAAAUAG